AUGGCUGUAGAUCCUUUGUUUGUUGUGUUCCUUCUCACUCGUCUUAUGCUGUUUAGCUUGGCUCAACAACAGGGACAUAAUGAAAGUUGUGGAGCAUUUGUGUGUGGAAAUCUAGGCGAGAUCUUCUUCCCUUUUAAGGAUUCAUCGGGGCUGCCUGGUGAAUGUGGGUUGUAUAAAGUUAAUUGUAGCGACCAAAAUAAUCCGAAGGUCCAAUUGAAAGGAGGAGGGCACUGGUAUGGAGUAUACCAAAUCUCUCAGGCAGGUUUUAUAACCAUCAAUGACACAACGUUGCAGAAAAACUUGAAAUCCCGUAGAUGUGAAUCUUUGGAAAGUUUUGGUCUUCCAAGGCCCGACUGGUUCACUAAUGUGACUUCACCGAAUAUAAUAAGCCUCUUCAAAUGCAAACGCAGCAGUCUAAUUCACAACAUUACUUCCCCUACAUCAGAUUUUCAAUAUUCCACAACCUGCGGAGAUUACAAUCUCUACUAUUCUAUUCCUACUAAACUGUUAUUAGAUAAUAGUAGCUUUCCAGAUUUCCCACAAGACAACUGUUCCUUCAUCCAGCUUCCAGCUGCCAAUUACCCUGCAAAUCCUAAUGAUUUCUUUUCAUUCUUUACUGCUAGCUUCUCUCUCUAA